AUGAUGCUCAAGUACUCUCUGGCAGCGGCUCUCGUGGCUCUCGUGGGCACCGGUCUUACUCAACAGGUAGACGGUGCUCAGUUCAACAACCCAACUGCCGGCCCUCCGGCUAGUUAUUUCGCAGCGGCGGCAACAAUCCCCGUCGCUGCUUUGCAGAGUGCAGCGACUCAAGUCAGCACUGCUGCAUCAAAAUCCACAUACGCCAUCAAUAACAAUGGCGGUGCUCAAAAAGUCACUAUUCACAGUGACUGGUCCAAAUUCUCGGAGGGUGCGGCAUUCGUCUUCGUUGCGGAUAUGGAUGUGGACUGCGACGGCUUGAACCACAAUUGCAAGGGCAACCCCGAUGGACAAGCCCAGACCAACUUCGGGGCUCUCUCGGCAUAUGAGGUGCCCUUCAUUGUGAUUCCCGACAACUUUGCCACUGCGUACCCCAGUGAGUUCCCGGGAAAUAACCUCGCUGCUGUCAUUUGCAACGGGAAGAUGUUUUAUGGCAUCUACGGAGACAGCAAUGGAGAUACUCCAGAGGUCAUUGGGGAGGCAUCCUGGCUGAUGGCCCGAACCUGUUUCCCGGGUAAGGAUUUGAACGGAAACGCUGGCCACGGUGCUGCCGAUGUGACUUACAUUGUUUUCAGUGGAAGCGAGGCAGUGCUUCCCAGCAGUGCCUUGAACAAGAACUACGUCACCAACUUCAGCACCUUGCGCUCCAUGGGUGACAAGCUGGUCAACUCUCUCGCAAAGAACUUAGGCCUGGUUGCUGGAGGAUCACCUACCACCUUGAUCACCACUGCGAUCGGUUCUUCGCCGACGAGUGGCUCUUGCUCGUGGUCGGGACAUUGCGCCGGUGCUUCUUGCUCUAGCGAAGAUGAUUGUUCCGACGAUCUGGUGUGCAAGUCUGGCAAGUGUGCCAGCUCAACUUCUUGUUCGUGGUCCGGACAUUGUGCCGGUGCCUCUUGCUCUAGUGGAGAUGAUUGCUCAGACGAUCUUGUCUGCAAGUCUGGCAAAUGUGCCAGUCCUUAA